GAACAUAAUUCAAAUACAAAUAAAAAUUAACACAGUAUUUAAUUAAAAAAAUACAAAAAGAAAUCACUGAAAUUAUCUUAAAGAUAAUAAAGAGAGGAACAAACAAAAAAAGUAAACAAAUGUCGUUCAAAAGAAGAUAACAGACAAAUAUAUUAUAAAUAAGUGUAAAAUAAAUCUUUUUUGUGUUAAAGUGUAAAAUAAACAAACCCUAAAAACAGCAAAAAAUUAGGCAGCAGAAAAAAUCGCUUGAAAACCAAGAAAGAAAAAACACCGUUAAAAAACAUAAUAAUUCCCCCGCCCUAUACUCACACAUUAAACCAAACCAAUGGCCACAAAUUGCGAAUAUAUUGAGGAAAAUUUAAAGCAACAGCAAAAAUGUGGCAUUUCCAAAUCGGCCUCCUUAUCGAGUAUGACACACGAGGAGAAACAGGAUAGCACCGAGAAAUCCCCUAGUAAAUCCUCAUUUUCCGAUACCUCCUCGGAAGUGGGCAGUACUAGUGGUGGUGGAGGAGGUGGUAGUGGGCAGAGCCCCAGUACUUUGCAAAAAUCUAAAAAAUUACAAAAUAAUGGACAUUUACCCAUUGUACCCUCCAUAGGAGAUUGUGUUUUUGAACAUGCUUUUGAAAAGUCUAUGGAUGAUUUGGAACAUGGUGGCAAUGAUGGCUAUGAAACCGAUUCGGAGACUUCAUUGAAUGGAGAUCAUGAAGAAGAACCGUUUAAAGAAUUAACCAGCAGUAACAGUGAAAAUUUAACCUGUUCUACUGGUUUAGGUUCGGGUCCUCUAAGAACCUUUCCCAAAUCGAAUUCUUUUGAAUAUCACAGCAGUAGUACCGAUUCGGAUGAAGAUGCUGAGGAUGGUAUUAUUCAUGCGGCCAUAAAUAUGUCUCCGAAAUUCUGUAAUUCUGAUAUAUUUCAAAUGCGUCCUUACCUCAUGCCUUUUAUAGAGCGCAGACGUUUGUCUCAGUGCAAAGAGGAGGAGGAUGAAGAUGAGGCUGAUAAAUCACCACAACCCCAGGGGGAUCAACCUCCCAAAUAUGAAAAGGCUAUACCUGCUCCCCCACCACCGCCACCUGCUAAAGACAAAGCCUCAGCUGAGAAAUUUAAAGAUUUGGAGCGUUUAAGGCAACAAUUUAUGCAUAAAAUUGAUAGUAUCAAUACCAGCAAUGUGGAUGAUAUUAAAACGGUGACUGUUACCCCGGAAAUGUCUUCCCCACCGCCUCCACCGCCCAUACCACCCACUAUAUUACCACCAGCCUUAAUAAAUCUACUCGAAUCGGCCAAAUCCACCACAUCCGCGAAAACAGCAACAACUACUGCUUCCUCUAUACCAACCACCCCUGUUAAUACCAGCAAACAGCAACCACGUUCCCCUAGUCCUGAGACCCUUAUUAUCAAGGGAAAAUUUACAGUAACCAAAGCCCAAGAAACACCCGAACUACAACAAUUACGUAAUGAAGCCGAUAAACUUAAACAUUUAGACUCGUCCGCCAAUGCCCACACCAUCAGUUUUCCCAGCAGUUUUGGUGGUUAUUCCUCCGUGCAGGGUCUAUUCUCUCAACGCUAUGGCAGUAAUAAAUAUUCGCCAGUUACCCCCCAUUUAUCUAAGAAAUUCUUUGAUUCUUCUCUCGUCGAAAUACGUACACCCACCGAAAGUACUUCGUCGCUAAAUAAAUUAAAUUUAGAUGCGGCCUCUAAAACGGGGACUAACUGUGAUAAUAGUAUUAAUAUCUCUGCCACUCCACCUGCAACAAGAACCACCUCAGGUACAUUGGUUCCCGGUAAGAAGCCCGAAUAUCGUGAGUAUCCUCAUUUGGAUGAUGUUUGGAUAAAGAGAUCUUCGGAUUCGACACCAACUUCGUCUAUCACUUCGGCCACUAGCAGCACUUUACCAAAGAAACAGUACUAUACCACAGAUGAGAGUGCGGCUGAGAGUGGUCUUACUACGGCUGUUCAAUCGGAAGAUGUAAGUUUUUAUUUUAUUUAA